AAAUAUUAGGGUUAUAACAUUUGAAAUUUGGACAGCAGAACAGGAAUGGUUUGUUAAACCUGUGGUUCCCACUCAGGCUCCGGGUCUUUAUAGAGAAUUCUCAGCAUCAGCAGUAUCUGUCAAUGUUUAAUUUACAAUUCCAUACGUUACUAUUAUUACCAUCCUCAUAUCAGAUGGAGAUAAAACACUGAGAAGUUGUUCAAACCUACCCAGCUAACAAUGGUUAAGACGAAAUGUAAACUCCGCUAGUAUCAGAUUCUGGUUUUGCUCUUUUCCUCCCAAGUUUGGUUCUUGGAUCUGGAAGGGGCCCCUGAAUUAGUGAUUAUAUCUCUGGGUAAAUCCAAAGUCAAGUCAGUUCAGAAACCAACCUGUGAAAUCCACUUACUCUGCACAGAUGGCUAGUGCCUUACCCAAGUCUUAGAAUAAUAGUUCCUAUGGCUGUUCAAGUGACUCAGUGCUCUUCCCUUUGAGUGGUAGUCGACAUGCUUUGGGCAGGCUUCAGUGUUCCUCAGUACAAUGCUGAAGGAACUGGCAAACUAAGAAAUAAUCCCUGUCUCCAAGGCACAGCUGAGGACACACAGGGGAAGCUGGCAAUGAGGUACUUAAAAAACAGCUGCUUACACCUAAACUUGAGCUUUUCCAACGCUAUUGCUGUUUCUAGUUUACAAAGCUCUAUUUUAAUCUCAUUGGCUUUGGCCUGCUAAAGCCUUCUGAGACCAUUCUGAACUUUGACUCUGGUGUCACUAUCUUUCCAACUGGCUCAUCCUGAAAGACGCCAGUUUUGCUGAGACAGAGAAGAUGAAGGGUGUUUUGAGCAGGAGAGUUGCUAUUAUAUCUUUUGGUCCUGUUUGGUAGGGUUAUCUGCUCAGAAGAAACGCAAUCUGCUCGCAAAGUGGACAUAGGUGAGUGAACAAGUCCAGCCACCGAAGAUGACCGUGCUGACAGCAGAUAAUGGAGACUUAAGGAAUGGAGACCGUGAGAAGGGAGUGGGUUCAGUGGGACUAAGUACUUGUAUUUAAGGCCAAACCGGCUGGAGGAAGCCCUCAAAGUUAAUGCACACAAUUCAGAUCUUGAAGUGAGAAAUCCCCAAAAUAGGAGACCAUACAGAAUAAAGGGAAUAUGAAGAGGAGGUAAACUGUUAUUUCUGAACAUAUGGGACUCCAGUUUAAAAUGAAAGCCAAAAUAUACACGGGACAAACCUUCCAAUUUUUUAUCCCCACCCUUACAGAAAAAAAGUUACUAAAUACGUUCUGUUGACUGAGUUAUUGAGGUGUUGUCCAAGACAAACGAAAGGAUAGUGUAAUUUGGGGUACAUAUAUAAAACAACACACAAAUAUCUAAUAGAUGUUGACAAAAAGCUACAGUUCAACAGAAGGGACUAGACACACCGGUGGGGCGUUCCUUUUGAAAGGAACUCCAGCUGUGGACAUGGGACUGCCAGGUCGGCUGAGGAUUUCUGCCCUGAAGGUCCAUUAGAAUCUGCAGUGUUCUAGUUUGCUGAAAACAGGAAGUUAACACCAAACACAUCUUUUGCCCAGAUGAUGGGCUAACAAAAAUCUUUCCUCACUCGUUCAGGGAACUAGAUGGCAGAUCUGAACUGGGAUUUAAAAACAACCGCCUCUAAGUAGGUGUGGGGUAAAUCUACUUUCUCAAGCCUCUCAGCUGUGGCUAUGGGGGGUUUAACCAAACUUACAAUUAAAUAUCACAAACACAAGACGACGGCGGCAGCUGAUUUCCAAUGGGUGAGAUUAUUCAGAUGUAAAAACAAUACUGUUUCAUGCCAUCCCAGGUUGGCAUCGCGAACUCCAACUAUACCCAACAUUGAACCUUACGGAGAUUAAGAGUGAAAAGGAUCUAAAGAGGGAAGGAAGCCUACUUAAGUUUGGAGAAAGUACUCAAGAGGGAGACACACACAUACACGUGGUAUGUGGGCAAGCCGGCGCUUUCGGCAGGGGGAUCCCCAAGGAAGGCCUGCAGGUAGGAAGGGGGUCGGAGAGGCACGCUUCCCUGGAGCCCGCGCUGAUUUGGGGGCCGCCGGCCCAUCUGCCUUUCUCCUCCGGCGGUCGGGGGUAUCGCCCCUGGUUCCACUCCAGGGCCGGGGACACCCGGCUCCGGGGGGUGCUGCGGGCCAUGUCAGCUCCGGGGCUAUGCGCGCAGGAGCCGGGCAGGGGAGAUCGAAGCCCCUCUCGCCCAGCUGCUUCCGGAAGUUUCUUCAGAGGCCAGAGCCCCCAACCUCAGCUCAGCCCCCACGAGAAGUCCGAAGUGGCGGGAAGCCGGGACUUGAGAGGCCGCCCCGACGCGAGGGCGGCGGGAAAACCUGGCGGAGGAUCCGGCGCGUCCGGCGGUGCCCGGCUCGGCGUUCGGGAAGCAGGGGCCAUGGUUUGCAGGUUUGCCUGCAAUGAGAUUUUACUCUCUACACCUAAAGAACGUUCUUUCUGAGCUGCUGUGAAUACAUUUGGAAUGAUACUGUCUUUUUUCAACUAAUGGAGAAUUAGCUGUGUCUUUACAAGGGUUGCUGUACUGGACAACUUCAGAACAUCCCUCAUAAUGUCAUCAAACAGGAGUCAGAAUCCCCAUGGACUGAAGCAGAUUGGUCUUGACCAGAUCUGGGAUGACCUCAGAGCUGGGAUUCAGCAAGUGUACACCAGACAAAGCAUGGCGAAGUCCAGAUACAUGGAGCUCUACACUCAUGUUUAUAACUACUGUACUAGUGUGCAUCAAUCCAACCAAGCCCGGGGAGCUGGAGUCCCUCCUUCCAAGUCAAAAAAGGGGCAGACUCCUGGGGGAGCUCAGUUUGUCGGCUUGGAGUUAUAUAAGCGACUGAAGGAGUUUUUGAAGAAUUACUUGACAAAUCUUCUCAAGGAUGGAGAAGACUUAAUGGAUGAGAGUGUACUGAAGUUCUACACUCAGCAGUGGGAAGAUUACCGAUUCUCCAGCAAAGUGCUGAAUGGAAUCUGUGCCUACCUCAAUAGACAUUGGGUUCGCCGCGAAUGUGAUGAAGGACGGAAAGGAAUAUAUGAAAUCUAUUCACUUGCGUUAGUGACGUGGAGAGAUUGUUUGUUCAGGCCAUUGAAUAAACAGGUAACAAAUGCUGUUUUAAAACUGAUUGAAAAAGAAAGAAAUGGCGAAACCAUCAAUACGAGACUGAUUAGUGGAGUUGUACAAUCUUAUGUGGAAUUGGGACUGAAUGAAGAUGAUGCAUUUGCAAAGGGCCCUACGUUAACAGUGUAUAAAGAAUCCUUUGAAUCCCAAUUUUUGGCUGACACAGAGAGAUUUUAUACCAGAGAAAGUACUGAAUUCUUGCAGCAGAACCCAGUUACUGAAUAUAUGAAAAAGGCUGAGGCUCGUUUGCUGGAGGAGCAGCGGAGAGUGCAGGUUUACCUCCAUGAAAGCACACAAGACGAACUAGCACGCAAGUGUGAGCAGGUCCUCAUCGAAAAACACUUGGAAAUUUUCCACACAGAGUUUCAGAAUUUGUUGGAUGCUGACAAGAAUGAAGAUUUGGGCCGCAUGUAUAAUCUUGUAUCUAGAAUUCAGGAUGGCCUAGGAGAAUUGAAAAAACUCCUAGAAACACAUAUUCAUAAUCAGGGUCUUGCAGCGAUUGAGAAGUGUGGAGAAGCUGCUUUAAAUGACCCCAAGAUGUAUGUGCAGACAGUUCUGGAUGUUCAUAAAAAGUACAAUGCCCUAGUGAUGUCAGCAUUCAACAAUGACGCUGGCUUUGUGGCUGCACUUGAUAAGGCUUGCGGUCGCUUCAUAAACAACAAUGCAGUUACCAAAAUGGCCCAGUCAUCCAGUAAAUCCCCGGAGCUGCUCGCUCGGUACUGUGACUCCUUGUUGAAGAAAAGUUCCAAGAACCCGGAAGAAGCGGAACUGGAAGACACCCUCAAUCAAGUGAUGGUGGUCUUCAAGUACAUCGAGGACAAAGAUGUGUUCCAGAAGUUCUAUGCAAAGAUGCUUGCCAAGAGACUGGUGCAUCAGAACAGUGCUAGUGACGAUGCCGAAGCAAGCAUGAUCUCCAAGUUGAAGCAAGCUUGUGGUUUUGAGUACACCUCCAAACUUCAACGAAUGUUUCAAGACAUUGGUGUAAGCAAAGACCUGAAUGAACAGUUCAAAAAGCACCUAACGAAUUCAGAACCCCUGGACUUGGACUUCAGCAUCCAGGUCCUCAGUUCCGGGUCGUGGCCCUUCCAGCAGUCUUGCACGUUUGCCUUGCCGUCAGAGUUGGAGCGCAGUUACCAGCGGUUCACAGCUUUCUACGCCAGCCGUCACAGUGGCAGAAAACUGACGUGGUUGUAUCAACUGUCCAAAGGGGAACUAGUCACUAAUUGCUUCAAAAACAGAUAUACUUUGCAGGCCUCCACAUUCCAGAUGGCGAUCCUGCUUCAGUACAACACGGAAGAUGCCUACACUGUGCAGCAGCUGACGGACAGCACUCAGAUUAAGAUGGACAUUUUGGCACAAGUCCUACAGAUUUUACUGAAGUCAAAGUUGCUGGUCUUGGAAGAUGAAAAUGCAAAUGUUGAUGAGGUGGAAUUGAAGCCAGACACCCUAAUAAAGUUAUAUCUUGGUUAUAAAAAUAAGAAAUUAAGGGUUAACAUCAACGUACCAAUGAAAACUGAACAGAAGCAGGAGCAAGAAACCACACACAAAAAUAUAGAGGAAGACCGCAAACUACUGAUUCAGGCAGCCAUCGUGAGAAUCAUGAAAAUGAGGAAGGUCCUGAAACACCAGCAGUUACUUGGUGAAGUCCUCACUCAGCUGUCUUCCAGGUUCAAACCUCGGGUCCCAGUGAUCAAGAAAUGCAUUGAUAUUCUCAUCGAGAAAGAAUAUUUGGAACGAGUUGAUGGUGAGAAGGAUACCUACAGUUACUUGGCCUAACCCUUCUAAAAGGGUCUGUGACCCACAGCAUAGUCCACUGAAUAGAAUGGAAGCAGCUCACGUUCAUAGCAGCCAGCCUGCCGCCAUUUGGACCUCCCUUUUUAAAGCUGAGACCACAGUUCCCACCAGCUGGUCUCAGGCUACAGCCGGACUGCUCAGGACUGACACAUUUCAGUCAGUAAACAGACGCCAAUGCCAUUUACCCUAACUUAUGGACAGAGGGGAACCGAACCUUCCAUGCUGAGGCUGCAUGCUACUGCACUUAAAUCAAUACAUUGGCCCCUGGUUAACAGCUGUCUUCUGAGGCAGCACUUGAGAGCGAGUCUGAAUGGACCCAUGUGUAAUCUGCUAUGAAAACCAUUUGUAUAGUGUGUUUCAUUUUUUUAAUGUGUGAAAAUAAAGAAAAUUAAAGGAUUUCUGUACAAGUUGCAUUUGGUUUUGUUUUAAGUUUUACCAAUUUCUAUAUGUAAAUAAAAGAUUUAAUGAUUGUGCAAGUGUA